GCAGCCGUGCGUCAGAGAGAGACUUAGAGGCUCUUCAAACUUUCCUGAUCAAAAUAAACCCCAGCCCUGAAUAAGACACCAGAAGGAGGGAGGGAGAGUGUGUGUGAGUAACUUCCCAAGAGCGCGCUCUCUCUCCUCUCUCUCUCCGCUCUUCUCUUCGGAGCAGGAUCGCUUGCUCCUGAAGUACACCCCCUUCCCCCCUCCCCUCUCUCUCCUCCCUCCUCCCGGGUCCCAUUCCAAGCUCUUCUCAAUGACGUCUCCCUGGGGACAGCUGCUUAAGAUCUAGCAUUAUUCCGUCAUAAAAAGCAAACAAACAAUCCCCGCCUCUCCUUGCCCCCCACCAAAACAAAAAAACAAAAAAACACUCCCGGCGUUGGCUUUCCAAUUUCGUUGGAGACCGGGAAACACCAGCGUCGACUCCACCUUUAAUAUAUUUAGCGACGCGGGUGUAAUUGCGGGAGCGGAGCGCGCGGGAGGAGGAGGGUCUUGCUCCUCUGCCUUCACCUCACUUUCUUUCUGCUGAACGGAUGCCAAGCGGUGAUCCUCUUAAUCAAAUCCUCUUUGCACCUCGAGAUCCAGCCAAGUGGUGAACGAGAAACUUUUGGUGCGUUUCCAGCCAUCUCAGCGGCAGCAGCAUGAAAUCCGCAGAAGAAGAACAUUAUAACUAUGCAUCUUCAAAUAUAAAUUCAAGUUUGCCCCUAAGCGUGGCACAUCCUUCAUUGUCAACUCCAUGUCAUGGCCUUCAGACAUCUAAUCCAGUCAUUUCAGUUGUCCCAUCAGCUAAUCAUCCUUCGGCAUAUGGAGGGCAAACUGACAGUAGCACCGCCGGGUAUUAUCUGCCUCCCAAUGUCAGACCUAAUGGAGUUCCAGCAUUAGAGAGCCCCAGAAUUGAAAUAACCUCCUACUUGGGACUUCAUCAUAACAACAACCAGUUCUUCCAUGAUGCUGAGGUUGAGGAGCCCAUCUCUAAUGCAAAGAGGCCAUCUUCAACUGCCACACUGAGCUUACCAAAUAUUGAGGCAUAUAGAGACCCAUCUUGCCUGAGCCCAGCCAGUAGCUUGUCUUCCAGAAGCUGCAACUCAGAAGCUUCUUCCUAUGAAUCCAAUUACUCCUAUCCUUACACUUCCCCUCAGACAUCCCCUUGGCAGUCACCAUGUGUAUCGCCCAAGACCACUGACACGGAGGAAAGGUAUCAGCGAAACUUGGUAGCUUGCACAUUACUGAAUUCACCCCGACAUUCUCCCUCCACAUCUCCAAGAACAAGCAUUACUGAGGAGAACUGGCUGGUGGCUCGGGGCUCCAGACCGUCUUCUCCCUGCAACAAAAGAAAAUACAGUCUGAAUGGCAGGCAGACCUCCUAUUCGCCUCACCACUCUCCAACACCCUCUCCCCAGAACUCUCCGAGGGUCAGCGUGACCGAUGAGACAUGGCUGGGAAACACAAACCAGUAUACCAGUUCAGCCAUUGUCGCAGCUAUCAAUGCCCUCACCACUGACAGCACAAUAGACAUGAACGAUGGGAUUCCUAUCAAGUCGAGGAAAACUGCAAUUGAUCACACCCCAUCCAUGACACUCAAGACUGAACCAAGUGGUGAUGAUCAGGGGACCAUAUCACCAACAGCUGACUUAUCACCAGAAGAUUUUCCUGGGUUUCAGCAAAUCCGGAAAGGAAACUUCUGCGAUCAGUAUCUUUCGGUGCCACAGCAACGCUAUCAGUGGGCCAAAUCAAAGCCAUUAUCCCCAACAUCAUACAUGAGCCCAACCUUGCCUGCUCUGGACUGGCAGCUGCCAUCUCACUCAGGACCUUAUGAACUUCGGAUUGAAGUGCAGCCCAAGUCCCAUCACAGAGCACAUUAUGAGACAGAAGGCAGCCGAGGGGCUGUGAAAGCGUCUGCUGGGGGACAUCCAGUGGUGCAGCUACACGGUUACUUAGAAAGUGAGCCGCUCACACUACAGCUGUUCAUCGGCACUGCAGACGACCGCCUGCUGCGGCCCCAUGCCUUCUACCAGGUCCACCGGAUCACUGGGAAGACCGUUUCCACAACCAGCCUCGAAACGAUACUUUCCAAUACCAAAGUCUUGGAAAUUCCACUUCUGCCUGAGAACAACAUGAGAGCAAUCAUUGACUGUGCUGGAAUACUGAAACUUAGAAAUUCAGACAUUGAGCUGAGGAAAGGAGAAACUGACAUUGGAAGGAAGAAUACGCGAGUUCGGCUGGUCUUCCGUGUUCAUAUCCCCCAGCCUAAUGGAAGAACCCUUUCUCUUCAAGUAGCAUCAAACCCCAUCGAAUGCUCUCAAAGAUCUGCUCAGGAGCUGCCUUUGGUUGAGAAGCAAAGUGUUGAUAGCUACCAUGUGAUGGGUGGAAAGAAAAUGAUACUGAGCGGACACAACUUUCUUCAGGACUCCAAAGUCAUAUUUGUGGAGAAAGCUCCAGAUGGUCAUCACAUAUGGGAAAUGGAAGCCAAAACUGACAAAGAGUUGUAUAAGCCAACUUCGUUGGUAAUUGAGAUACCACCAUUCCGCAGUCAGAGAAUUACAGCUCCGGUCCAAGUUAAUUUUUAUGUCUGCAAUGGAAAGAGAAAGAGAAGCCAGUACCAGCUUUUCACCUAUCUUCCUGCUAAUGUUCCAAUUAUAAAAACAGAACCCACUGACGACUAUGAGCCUGCUCCAACCUGUGGACCAAGGAACCAAGGAUUAAGCCCUCUCUCCAAACCAUACUACAACCAGCAGAUCAUGAUGCCCCCCGAUCCUGGCUCGUGCCUUAUGGCUGGCUUCACUUCCUGUCAGCAGAGAAACACCGUGAUGUCAUCCUCUCCCAGCUCAAGUCCUAAGCUGCAUGAUCUUUCCUCUCCUGCUUACAAGUGCAUCACCAACCCAGGCCACAACCACCUAGGACUUCAGCAGACCAUUGGAGGUGUCCCCACCAUACAGGAAGUGCCAAGGUCUAUAGUUGUGCACCCAAGCUCUCCAGAUCAGUCAUCUCACAUCAUGCUGCAGCCGCAGGUGAGUCAACAUCUGAGCAGUAGCUGUUCCCUUGGUUACCAACAAACACUCUAUCCCAACAGUCCCUCCUCUCCAGUUCCAUCUGUAACCCAAGAGUCAACCUAUUUGCAGUCCUGCAGUCCAACUCACUCUUCCAUAAUGGGUCAGCAGCAACUGCCGAAUGUUCAAAGAAAUGAAACUCCAGCAGAUCAGCCACUGUCGUUGCCCGAGUUGCAUGAGGACAAUAAUCAUAAUUUGGCCCCUAUUCCUGUAACAAUCAAGCGAGAACCUGAGGAAUUGGACCAGUUAUACCUGGAUGAUGUAAAUGAAAUAAUAAGGAACGACCUCUCCAGCACCAAUGUUCAUUCAUAGCUGGCCAUCUGGAAAUCCAGUUAAGCUUAGCUGAGACAUCGACUUCAGUUAAAUAGAAGAUAAUCCUCGGUACCGCUCUGCUCUUCCACUUCGCUGAAUGUCUGGAACAAUUACCUCUUCACUGUCUUCUCCUUCUUCGUCUCUCUCCCUCUCCUCUCCCUCCCUCUCUCUCUCUGUCUGCACACACACACUGAUUGGUUGGCUUCAACUAAGAAAACACCUCCUUUAAAAAAAGUCAUCUCAAGGAAAAUGGAGGAAAUGAGCUAUAAAAUGAUCUAUUUCAUGGGCUGAAAUAGAAAACAUGAUACAACAGGUGACUGGUUCAAAAAGCUAUUUUAUUUUCCUUUGGGUUCUACUGGACCGCAACCCUGGAAGUGCCUUAUUUUGCUAGAUUGUGGCAUCAGGACAUUUUAUUGGCAGCUGUGAAUCUGCUGCCCUCCAAAGUAUUUCUAGGCACAGAAACUAUCAAGCCUAUAUUGGAAUGAUGUGUUAAAAGACUGUCUGCUGGGAUGGGUAGAAAAAAGUCCUACUGGAAGUAAAAUAUGUGUCUGAAUUCCAGAAUUUCUUCAGCUUUCCCCCCGAACUGUAUUUGACAUCCUGUUGCCUUAUUCCUGGUGCAUUUUUUACAACCAAACUGUCAUCUCAGCUUUAUAUACUUUUUCAGCCAUCACAGAACUUUGGUCAUGAAUCUAGGAACUAUUUAUCAUACAAGCAUGUUAAUAUUUGACUUAAACCAGGCUUCAGACACAGUACAAGAAAAUGGAACAGCACAAAAUAUUUAUGGUUGAUGGACAAAAACAUUGACAUCUGUCUUUUCCUCCAAUGGUUUCUGUGUAUGCAUGCACAUGCAAGCUAGCAUAUUUGCAAAUAUACCUAGUUGCCUUGUGAAGGCUUUGACCUUAGCAAUAAUUUCUGCUUCUGAGAAUGCAGUCCAGAUCCCAGUUCAUGCCCUUGCCACUUCCGUGUUAUGGGUUUCUUAUGUUUAAGACAAUUAUGCAUUUUCUUUCCUCAUGCCAGUGGAGGCUGGUGGUGCCAAGGUUAGUCAGAUAGGGUAUCCACCCUGGUUUUUAGUCUGAAUUUUAAAGGAGCAAUUCAUGGUGCCCCUGCUAAAGGAACUUCCAGCCUCCACUGCCUCAUGCUGAUAAGCAAGCACUUUAGACAGUCAAGAAGGAUGCAUAUGAAAUAUGUAUUGAUUACCAAAUGACAAAGGAUGAGUUAAAGCAAUUGUAAAUACUGCUAUCAAAGAAUGUAAAAUAUUUGUUCAAGCCUAAGAAUAUUAUUCCAAUGAAGCCUUAUAACUCUCUGCUAUGUGUACAACAAAUAUUACCAAAACCAAAUGUUUUAGAUACACAGCAAUGUAUAGUAUGCUUUCAUGUCCAUAGAGUCCUUAUAGAACUUAAGCAUCUAAUGUAGUCUUGAGCUUUAGUCUUUGUAUUUUGUACUGUUUGUAAUAUUAUUACUAUUUCGCUAGCAAUGGCAUAUUAUUUCACAUAAACAAACCGACAAAAAGCAUGGCUCCAUCUUUAAAGCAUUUAGCACUAAUAUUGUGCCUUAGGAAAUACGUGUGAACUGUGCCACCGUUAUUAAGGUGGCACGGCUAAGUGCAGUGUACAGUGAAUACAAAAUCAACAGGUUUCGCACGAAAGUGAAACAGUCUGAAGCAUUUAGAAAUAUUAGUCUGUACAAUUAUGUCUUACUUCCUUUUUAAAAAGAGAGAGCGAGAGAGAGGGGGGAAAGAAAAAGAAAAGCCAUAUUUGUAACAUUUGCACAUGACUGUGAAAACUAAGAAUAUAAUAUGGCUGUAUGUAAAUAUUAUGUUACUGGCCCUCCAAACUGGCCAUUUCCCCAACUGUUUAGCAACAGAUAUUUACCCUGUACUUAGCUAUGUAGAAGUUGCAUGCAUUUCUUCUAAAUUGCCAUAUUAUAUAUAUUAAAAUAAAAUGGACAAGUUUCAGCUAAACUUGAAGCUAGAAAAUAGAUCUAAGAAAGCACAACUUCCCACAGAAAGCUACUUUUAGAGUGGUUCAUUUUUCCUCCCACUCCUGGGAUGGGGGAGUUUAAUAAACUGAUAAGCUUUAUAUGUGAUAUGUUAAAUAACUAUAUUCUGUAUAUUGCAGUCAUUUCUGUUUCAGAUAGCUUUUAGUCUGCUAAUAUAAUCAUUUUACAAUCCACCAAAAACUGCUUCUGUAUAAUUUCCAUUCAUUGCAAUGGGAACUUGUGCUGGAGCUGCACUCAGUGGAUUUUACCUUAUUUUUUAAAGUAUCUUGCCAACAGAAUUGCUCUUUUUAUGUUUUCUACAUUUAAAAGAUGCAGUUGCCAAGAACGAAAUGGAGAUCCAGUGCAACUCUCAGAUGUUCAAUUCUCUUACUUUUCCUGAAAUGUCAAUAUAGAGUGCAAAUCAAGGAACCUCCGGGUAUGCCAAAGGAUUUUUGACUCAGAUACAGAAAUAUCUUGGGUGAGGCUCUGACCACACAAGCACCACAAUGUUUGCACUUCAGCAAUAACUUUAGCAAGAUAAUCAUAUGUAUUAUUCCCAGUAUGUCAUGCCUCCUCCUUUGUCAUUGUUUGUUUUUAUUUUCCUCUUUUAAGCCAUUUUGGAAAUGUGUUACUUUAAGUCUAGCUCUAAAAGACUAUGCAUUGCUUGUAUAUGUAUUCAUGAAUAAAAACUGGUAUCAGAAAUCCA